ACCUUACAUACCUCGCACCCCCACCACCAUCUCAUUGCACCAUAUCACGGGUUUGCCUCUCCACCUCGAAUCUUUCGCAAAUCUUUCACGAAUUAUUUUUUCUGCGUUCUUUCUCCGAGUAACAUUUAAGCUGCCAUCCCUCCCCACUUCCCCUUUCCAUUGAAUAUUGACCCAAUCGACUCGCCAUGGCACCUCCGAACACCCCCGCAGCGUACGACAACAUCAUCGAGCACAUCGGCGGAACACCCCUCGUGCGCCUGAACCGCGUCCCGCAAUCCCUCGGGAUCAAAGCCAAAGUCUACGGCAAGCUCGAGUUCUUCAAUGCCGGCGGCUCAGUCAAGGACCGCAUCGCGCGGCGCAUGAUUGAGGAAGCGGAGCGCGAGGGGAGAAUCAAGCCGGGAGACACGCUGAUCGAACCCACUAGUGGCAACACUGGAAUCGGCCUCGCGCUCGUGGCCGCCGUGAAGGGCUACCGGUGCAUCAUCACGCUGCCUGAAAAGAUGUCGGCGGAGAAGGUCUCGGUGCUUCGUGCUCUCGGCGCAGAAAUCGUCCGAACACCCACCGAGGCCGCCUUCGACGCUCCGGAAUCACAUAUAGGGGUCGCGAAGCGCCUGCAGCAGGAGAUCCCCGACUCCCACAUCCUCGACCAGUACGGCAAUGAGAACAACCCGCUCGCACACGAGCUGGGAACUGCUGAGGAGAUCUGGACGCAGGUGGAGGGGAAAAUCGACGCGAUCGUUGCCGGCGCUGGAACCGGUGGAACCAUCACUGGUAUUGCGCGUGGUCUCAGGAAACACAAUCCCAACGUCAAGAUCAUCGCCGCCGAUCCGAUUGGAUCCAUCCUCGCGCUCCCGCAGGCGUUGAAUGAUUCCCAUGAGGGCUACAAGGUCGAGGGUAUCGGCUAUGAUUUCAUCCCAGAUGUGCUGGACCAGGAGAUUGUCGACACCUGGAUCAAAACCGACGACCGCAGCUCUUUCACCUAUGCACGUCGGCUGAUUAAGGAGGAGGGUCUGCUCUGCGGUGGAUCGUCUGGAUCCGCCUUCGCUGCAAUGGUCGAAGCGUUGUUGAAAUCCAACCCCGAACUGAACCACCCCGACAAGACUAUCGUCAUUGUCUUCCCCGACUCGGUUCGUAACUACCUCACAAAGUUCGUUGACGACACCUGGAUGGAGAACAACGACUUUGUGGCGUCGACAGCCCCCAGCGAGGAAGCCAAGAUCCGCGAUCUGAACCUCAAGCCCGUAGUCGGCGUCGAGACCACCAGCACCGCAGAGCAAGCCAUGGAAAUCAUGCGCGAAAAGUCGUUCGACCAGCUCCCCGUCCUCUCGGAUAGCAACUCGAAGCGUCUCGUCGGCCUGGUGACGCUCGGGAACCUUCUCUCUCACAUCUCGCGCGGUUGGGCUACCCCGGACACCCCCGUUCGCGACAUCAUGUUCAACUUCACCAAGCUGAAGGAAAUCGUCACCGACAGCACCGAGAUUGGCUCCGUCAAGACGGACAACGACCAUGCCCAACGCAAGCGGAAGUUCGAGGAGGUCACUCUGGACACUCCUCUCAGUGCGCUCACUCGCUUCUUUGAACACAACUCCGCCGCGGUGGUCACGGAGCGUGCGGCGGAUGGAAAGGGAUUGAAGGUGCUCCACAUCGUCACCAAGGUCGACCUCUUGGGGUACCUCGUCAAGGCGAAGCGGGAGAAGGGGGUCUAGCCUCUUACCUACUAUCGAUUUCCAUUUCCAUUUCCCUCGUUCAUCUCUUCUCUUUCCUUUCUGUCCGGUUUUGCUUCAUCGCUCGUAUACCUCCCCCACCGCUUUUAACAUUGCGGGGGGGUUACUUGUCAUCUGUACUGUUUUUUUCUUCGUUUUCUUUCUUCGUCGGUCAUGGUUCUGGGUUUGAUUUUUUUGCGUCGUGUUACAUUGUAUUGUACUCCACGCAUCGUUGGGCUUUUGUUUUUGUUUUUGGAUUGGGCUUGGGCUUGGGCCUGGGCUUGGGAUUUGGCGCUCUCGGUUGGGGGGUGAGAUUGGGGGGUGAGAUUGGUAUACUAUUAGAAAUUUAGAAGAUUCAACAUCA